AUGUUUGUCAUAAAUGGAGGUGUUAGGAAAGCCAUCGUUUGUUAUCUCACCAUUUGGUUUAGCGGCGGUGUUUGGAAAGCCAUCGUUUGUUCUAUCACCAUUUGGUUUAGUGGUGAUGUUUGUGAGAUAACCGACAUGCCACUGACGUUGUCCACCGUUGUUGAUAUUGUGAUGCUUGAGAUCACCAUCAGUUGUGGUGUUUGCAUGGAGGCGCUUUGUGUCAUUAUGGUGGCGGCGCAUGUUGGUCCUUCGGCGGUCGGCCCCUAUAAUUCGUUUGUUGGAGUAGUGGUCAUCGUUAAGCUGCCUUGUUGUGAUGUUUCACCGGUAACUGGUGUGAGAAUUGAGGCGAUAACUGGUUCCAACAACAUCAUAGGCCUGAUGGGGCUUGUCGGUGUCCCACGAGUCCCGUCGGUGUUGUCAGAUGCCAUCUUCGAGUGUUGA